GAUAACUUUUUGAAGCGCUUCGAAAUCACACGUUUGCCACAGUACAUUAUACUAUAUAUCAAACGUUUCACAAAGAAUACCUUCUUCCUGGAGAAAAAUCCAACGAUUGUCAAUUUUCCGAUUAAGAACGUGGACUUUGGCGAUAUUUUGUCAAUGAAGAACCGAGAACAACUGAAAAAUACCAAAUAUAAUUUGGUAGCAAAUAUUGUGCAUGAUGGUGAGCCGAAAAAGGGCACUUAUCGUGCGCACAUUUUGCAUAAAGCCAAUGGGCAGUGGUAUGAAAUGCAAGAUUUGCAUGUAACGGAAAUUUUGCCACCCAUGAUCACACUGACAGAGUCAUACAUACAGAUUUAUGAACGAAAUAAUGAUUGAUCGAAUGUUGCAUGUGUAUGUAAAUUGCAAGCCACUUAGUUAAGUAAAUGUAUUUAAUUAAAUUUGUAUUAUAAGAAAUUUAAUUUGAAAUAUGCAAGUUUUUGUAAUUAAAAAAGACAAAAGCAACACAGAUGUAUUGUUAAUUUUUAUACAUUUUAAGUUAAUUUCACAGCAAAGCAAAAAUGUAAGCGAUAAUUUAUUAUUUAUUUAGGAAACCUCAAAUUUGAAUGAAUGACAAAGUUAAGCGCAUGCGUUGGCCUGCCUACAUCUAUUACUAUUUAACUGACGUUUGUAACACCGUCAACGCUUUCACUUUCUACACACACUAUUUUCCUUGACCGCUACGGGUGUAUGAGGCAUGUGGCGACAAAAAAAUCGAUCCAAUUGCUCAAAAUAAAGGUUGUAACGACGACAUCACGCAACGUACGCAACGUGAAUUUCUUUACGCCUAAAUCAAAACUAAACUGCAAUAACGAAAUGGCAGAAGGCACCUACGAAUACGAGUGUAUGAGAGCAGAGUUGUUAGGCAUAGAAAAACCUAACGAGGAGGAAUUCGAGAAGGCGCGCGCCGAGCGCUUGAGACGUGAACAAGAGGAAUUAGAAGCCGCCGAGGCUGCGCUUCUAGAGCAGCAGGAAGACCAAAUGCGUAAUGUAGGUGGGCGUUUGGAUGAGUUGAAUACAAUAUUAUCAUCCACACAACAGAAAUUAAAUCGUUUCAAGCAAACAGCUUGUGGUAGCCUAUCAAAUAUUUUUGCCAGAGGCUCAGUAGAUUUGCCAGACGGUACACCCUCUACCUCCGCGACAGCUAGUCGACGCAAUACCACCGCAACGGGAGGCGGCACUAGUGGUCAACAUAAUGAUGAGAAGAGCGACUCCGAUACAAAUAGUACACUGGAUCUUGAUAAUGUGCGAGAUCAAGAAAUUGAGGGUGAAAUACAACCCGUCAUACCAACGGAGAAAAUUCGGGCAGCAAAAAUGGAUAUACAGAAAAAAAUGACUUCACACUUAGACAAAUUAGACUUGUUAAUUAACAAGGCCGAUAAUGCGGAAAUUUCAAUGUCGGAACAAACUAAACAAAUGAGUCGCAUGGCAAAGUAAAGUGCUGAAUGAAUUAAUAGGGACGGUAAACUAGCAGAAGAGCAAAUAGUAUGGAAUAUUUAAAUAGUUAUUCUUAUUUUAAGCUUAGAGGAUGUUGUGAAGAGUGAAGGAAAUAAUUUAAGUAUAUUCAAGUAUAUGUAUAUUAAUUUGUGUAUAUCAACAGCUAUCCCAAAAUAAUUACAAAAUAUCGGUGGUAAAAUAGGAGAAUUCUAAAUAGCAUUUAUGGCAGAAAUGAGGAAAGAAAGGAGAAGCAUACACCCAUUUGUUUAAUAUUAAUUUGUCUGCAUGAGCAAUAACAACAAAGUGAUUAAAUAAAAUAUAAUAGUUAAUAAAGGGCUUCUAAAGCAAAACAAGUAAUAAUAAUUGCAUAAGAUAUCCAUUAAUAUCAAUUGUAAAACGUAAACUUCCCUGUAAUUAACUAGGGUUAACUCAUAUAUGACACCAAAAUACUUAGAAAACCAAAAACAUAAAAAACAAAAGCAAAAG